GAUAAAACUCGCACCAAUCGAACUGGCAACGCUUGCUCGGUUUUAAGAUGGUCUCCGUUACUAGGGCAUACAUAUACAUAGUGGAAAGCCUUGAGAUAAAACUGGACGAAGGGCCUCGUCCGUACCUUAUCGGACACAUAUCAUAAAAUUUUCAGGUCUGCAUUGAUUAUACGACUGGAGUCUUGUUUACUUUUCCUAUCCGGAUAAGGCUGCAAUUGAUAUUCACAAAUCCUGAAAGCGUGUUUCGAAAAGAUUAAAUCGAAUUGCUUGGUAACCGCCAGUUCUCGCGUUAAACCGUAACCAUGGAACACAGCUGGAAAUUCUUCGCUUUGAUGUUUGUUCUGGCUGAAUGGAUCGAACCGGGAGACUUUGCGCUGAACAAUCGCAACCACAUAACAUAUGUUAACAUGCCCUACGAAAUAAAAAGAGAAAAUAAUCUAACCGUCGUUAAAUCGGAACCUCCUCCACACGAGCUAGUGGCCAAAAUGGCUCGCUAUAUCGUACACAAGAGUGACUGGACCGCACUUGCCACCAUUUCAACCCACACUCCCAUCGCAGGCUAUCCUUUUGCUAAUAUUUUCUCGGUAAGCGAUGGACCAGUCCACAUUUCAAAAGGGGUCCCUUAUUUUUACUUGACGGACAUGGAAAUAUCUGUUCAGGAUUUAAAAGAAGACUCAAGGACGACAAUCACAAUGAGUUUAGCUCAAACUCAUUUCUGCAAAAAACAUCAGUACGACCCGGAAGAUCCUCUUUGUGCUCACAUUAUUCUGACGGGGAAACUCGUUCGCGUCACUGAUCCCAGCGAAAAAAGCUUUGCAAGAAAAGCGUUAUUCUCUCGCCAUCCGGAAAUGAAAGACUGGCCAAAAGAUCACGGUUGGUGGUUUGGUAAAUUAGUUAUCAGUAAAAUCUGCCUUCUCGAUUACUUUGGUGGUGUAAAGGACGUCGAUCUAGCCGAGUACUUCGCCACCAGUCCUUUGUGAAUUAAAGAAAUCGUUGUAACCUUAGAAUAGAAGGCUCAAAAUUGCAAUGUUAAUAAAAGCUUCGAAAAAAAAA